AUGCCUAGUAAUAGCAAAGAACGCCCUUUUAAAUGCGAAAUUUGCGAUAAGACUUUCAAACUAUCAAAACAUUUGAAGUCUCACAUGAAUAUACAUUCUGGAGAACGUUUCUUUAAAUGUGAAAUAUGCGGUAACGCAUUCACACGAUUAGCUGUUCUAAAUAGACACAUGCUCCUUCACAAAGCUGAGCGUCCCCAUGAAUGCAGUAUAUGCAAUAAGACAUUCAUACAAUUAUAUAAUCUGAAAAAUCACAUGAUGACACACAAUGGAGUACGCCCUCAUGAAUGCAAUAUAUGCAAGAAGACAUUCACGCUAUUAUGUAGUCUGAAUAGACACAUGCUCGUUCAUAAUGGUAAGCGCCCCUUUGGAUGUGAUAUAUGCAAUAAGACAUUCACACAAGGACACGGCUUGAAAAGUCAUAUGCUGAUUCACAGCGGAGUACGCCCUCAUGAAUGUAGUAUUUGUAAUAAGACGUUCACACAAUCAGGUAGUCUUACAAGACACAUGCUCACUCACAGUGCGGAGGGACCUCAUAAAUGCAAUAUAUGCAAGAAGACAUUCAUACAGUUAAGUGAUCUAAAAAGACACAUGCUCAUUCAUGAGGGUGAGCGUUCCCAUGAAUGCAAUAUAUGCAAGAAGACAUUCACACUAUUAUGUAGUUUGAAUAGACACAUGCUCGUUCAUAAUGAUAAGCGCCCCUAUGAAUGUGAUAUAUGCAAAAAGACAUUUACACAAGGACACGGCUUGAAAAGUCAUAUGCUGAUUCACAGCGGAGUACGCUCUCAUGAAUGUAGUAUUUGUAAUAAGACGUUCACACAAUCAGGUAUUCUUAAAAAACACAUGCUUAUUCACAGUGCUGAGCGACCUCAUAAAUGCAAUGUAUGCAAGAAGACAUUCACACUAUUAGAACAUCUAGAUAAGCACAGGCUCUUUCACAGUAGUGAGCACCCUUAUGAAUGCAAUAUAUGCAAUAAGACAUUCAUACAGUUAAGUGAUCUAAAAAGACACAUGAUCAUUCAUAAGGGUUCGCAUGAAUGA